UGCAAUUGAAUACAAAGUUAGGGGCAAAAGAGUCCUUUCAUUACUCGGAAUAUGACUGGUGCGAUUGACUUAUUCAGUCUCCAAAGGGGCCUCCUUUAACGUGGCAUUGUUCCAGAAACGAUAAGGUUUAACUAGACACAGAACGAAGAAACAAGAUUUUUCCUUUGUCACUCAUGAGCUUUAGGUUCGCGCGUUUUUCCUUUCCUUUUAGCGUCAUCUCGAAGAAUGCUACAGACCUUUGCGAUCUUCUUUUGGUUCUCAAUAAGAGAAAAUUUAGUACUAAUGCCCAGAGGGUAACACUGUUGAGUAGUGAAGAGCUAUUGGUGGUGGUUGGCGGUGGAGCAGCAGGAGUGUAUGGUGCUAUCAGAGCUAAAACCCUCGCGCCUAAUCUUGAUGUUUUGAUUAUUGAGAAAGGGAAACCUCUAUCAAAGGUAAAGAUUUCUGGGGGUGGCAGAUGCAACGUCACAAACGGGCAUUGUGCUGACAAUAUGGUUUUGGCAGAACAUUAUCCUAGGGGUAGUAAAGAAUUAAAAGGAUCUUUCUUCAAUAUGCAUGGCCCAAUGGAUACCAUGUCUUGGUUCACUGAGCAUGGGGUGCCGCUGAAGAUUGAGAAUGACGGAAGGGUGUUUCCUGUCAGUGACAAUUCCUCUUCAAUAAUUGAUUGUCUUUUGUCUGAAAUGAAGUCUAGCGGAGUUCAUCUGCAGACUGGAAAAAUUGUGGUGAAUGCAUCUCCUGUUCCUGGUGGAAAAUUCCUUCUCAAGGUUGAGAAGUUAGGAGUUGUUGAAAAUGUCAAAGCAAAUUAUCUGUUUAUUGCAAGUGGGAGUAGCAAGCAGGGUCAUCAUCUAGCCAUUCAGCUUGGUCAUUCAAUUGUCGAUCCUCUACCAAGCUUGUUCACCUUCAAGAUUGAUGAUCCACAGUUGACUGAGUUGUCUGGGAUAACAUUCCCUAAAGUUGAAGCAAAGCUGCAAUUAGAAAACAUGAAAAACAACAUACCGCACCUUACACAGGUUGGUUCCAUGUUAAUCACUCAUUGGGGACUCAGUGGGCCAGUUAUUCUUCGGCUAUCUGCCUGGGGUGCCCGUUAUUUAUUCAGAACAGGUUAUAAAGGGAUGCUCGUUGUUGACUUUUUACCUGAUUCAAACGUUGAGGAUGUUAAGUCAACCCUUAGUCAGCACAAGCAUCAAUUUGCGAAGCAAAGGGUCAUCACUUCAUGUCCUUCAGCAUUUGGAAUCACGAAGAGGUUUUGGAAAUAUAUACUGGAUCGCGAGAAUUCUUUUGGAGAUAUCCUGUGGGCUUCUGUUUCAAAUAAUGCUUUAAGUUCUAUUGCUCAACUUUUAAAGCAGUGUAAAUUUGGAGUAAUAGGAAAGGGCCAAUUCAAGGAUGAAUUUGUCACAGCUGGAGGUGUUCCAUUGUCUGAGAUCUCUUUGAAGACCAUGGAAAGCAAGUUAUGUCCUCAUCUGUUCUUUGCAGGAGAGGUACUAAAUAUCGAUGGGGUGACUGGUGGUUUCAAUUUCCAGAAUGCAUGGUCUGGUGGAUAUAUUGCUGGAACGAGCAUUGGUAAACUAGCAAGGGGUGCCACGUUAAAGGAAGUUGUUUGAGUUUAAAUGUCAAGAUCCAGCAGAAAAUUUUUCAAGCAAAUGAAUUGUACCAAAGAAAAAAAAUUGAAGUGCUUUGAUAUGUCUGUUGAAGUUUUGUCAAGUGGUUUGAUGGUUUGGAAAAGUUCAGAACAAGAGUAUCAUUUGCAUUGUUCGCAGGGAUAAACUGGGAGCACAUGUUAUUCCUUGCUCUCUCUCUUUUGUUUGAGUAUGUUCAGGUGUAAUUCAUUGCUUAACAAUGCAAUUUUGCACGCACCAGAUUGCAGUGAAUCAUAAUAGCUAGGUUAAAGUGGUAUUGAA